GGCAACACCAGGGUGGAGGAAGCCUGCGAGAUGUACACGAGGGCUGCCAACAUGUUCAAAAUCGCUAAAAACUGGAGCGCUGCAGGAAACGCGUUUUGUCAGGCGGCCAAGCUGCACAUGCAGCUGCAGAGCAAACACGACUCGGCCACCAGCUUUGUGGAUGCCGGGAACGCCUACAAAAAAGCAGACCCGCAAGAGGCCAUCAACUGCUUAAAUGCAGCUAUCGAUAUCUACACCGACAUGGGGCGAUUCACUAUCGCGGCCAAGCACCACAUCACCAUCGCGGAGAUCUACGAGGCCGAGCUGGUAGACAUUGAAAAGGCGAUCGCACACUACGAGCAGGCUGCAGACUAUUACAAAGGAGAGGAGUCCAACAGCUCGGCCAACAAGUGUCUGCUGAAGGUGGCUGCCUACGCCGCGCAGCUGGAGCAGUACCAGAAGGCGAUAGAAAUCUAUGAGCAGGUCGGAACAAACACGAUGGAUAAUCCUUUGCUCAAGUAUAGCGCGAAGGAGUAUUUCUUCAAAGCCGCUCUGUGCCACUUCAUCGUGGAUGAGCUGAAUGCCAAGCUUGCGCUUGAGAAAUACGAAGAAAUGUUCCCAGCGUUCACGGACUCACGGGAGUGCAAGCUAUUGAAAAAACUGCUGGAAGCCCACGAGGAGCAGAACUGCGAGGCAUACACUGAGGCAGUUAAAGAAUUCGAUUCAAUAUCGCGGUUGGAUCAGUGGCUUACAACCAUGUUGCUUCGCAUCAAAAAGUCAAUCCAAGGAGAAGGGGAUGGGGACCUGAAGUGAAUUGUGCGUGGUAUUUGUGGCAUGCAGCCUAAGUAAUCUGUUCGUGUGUUACAGCCAAGGACCACUACGGGACACGUGAUAAAAUCGCUAGCUUUCUUUUGUUGCUUACAAACCCAAUGCCUUGUGUGUUUCUUUAGUAUCUGUGUCGUGACAACGCUGGGUAGAGGAGAAGCGAUGCUCUGGGUAUCGGUGGCAGAGCUUUCUGAGGCGAAAGAAGCACUUCUGGCAGAAAUCUGUUUUUGGUAGCUGAUGAACCCAAAGUCUGUCCUUGCAGCUACUGGUUUUUCCCCACUGUUCUGUCUUUAAGGCUCAGAACCAUGGAUUCCAGCAUGUAAAUAUUUUGUCCGCACCAGUACAGUACAAAUAAUCGCUUCUGCUCUGUUGCUGUAUUGUUACUGUUUUCUGUUUCAAAAUGGACUGGUCAGAUACACUUGGAUCUUGGGUUUUUUUAAAAUGAUUGAGCUUUUUUUAAUGGUGCUAGUGAAAGGCUUUGUGACUCUUCCAUCCCGUAUGCAUGUGUGUGUAUACGUCCUAUACAGAUACAUGUGUGCACCUGUCAGUACAGAACACGUAAUGACCUAGUGCUGAAAGCAUUACACGCUCGGGGACAGGA